GCCGAUGGCACCAAGUUCGUGGACCCCGCCUGGAACAUGGAGGAGUCGCCCGCCGAGGUCCUCUACGUGGACAGGGUUGGCCCCGGGUAUGAUUGCACCGUCGGCGAACCAGCGGGCUUCAAACGGCUGUCUGACAUAGUGAAGGAUUCCGCCGCCUCGGACACAGGGCAGAUGGCCAUGGGCGCCCUCUUCGGCGGGCUCGGCGCGGGCGCGCCCAAGAAGGUUGCCAAGAAGCCGGCACUGUUCAAGGGCGGCGUGAAGGCUGGGGACAUCGUGCAAGGCCAGAUCGGGACGUGCUUCCUCCUCGGGGCCGUGGGAUCCAUCGCAGCUGUGAACGGGAGCGACGUGCAGAAGUUCUUCAUCAAGUACGAUGUGGACGUGGGCGUGUAUGGCGUGCGGUUCAACGUCGACGGCGAGUGGACGUAUACGAUCGUGGACGAUUACAUGCCGGUGGACGAGAACGGAGAGCUGCUCUACUCGCGUUGCCAGGACCCUCAGGAGGUCUGGGUGCCAAUUCUGGAGAAGGCCUACUGCAAGCUGCACACCUGCUAUGAAAUGUGCGACGGUGGCCAACCCACCGAGGCGAUCUUCGCGUUCCUGGGAGGUGUCGGAGGUCGGUUUCCAGUCAAGCGCACCGACAAGCGGAACCCAUCAGGCUACUUCGAUCUGCUCCGGAAGUCUGUGUCCAACGGCUGGCUGAUGACCACCGGCUUCAAGCAGUCGGCAGGCGGAUCGAGGAGCGCCGGCAAGUGCGGUGAGGGCGUGCUGGACAACGGGCUGGUUGCCGGGCACGCCUAUUCCGUGCUCAAGGUCGUGGAGGCAGAGGGGAACCAGCUGGUGUGCUGCCGCAACCCGUGGGGCACGGGGGAGUGGACGGGCAGGUGGUCAGAUGGAAACGCGUUCGGCGAGUGGACGGACGAGAUGAAGGAGCUGACAGGCUACGAGGGUCUGGACGACGGCAAGUUCUGGAUGAGCAUCGAAGACUUUGUGGCAAACACCUCUGGCGUUGAAUACGCGCGCACGUUUGGACCAAACUGGAAGAAGGUGACUCAGUACGCGAAGUUCCCGACGCAGUCAGUAGAGGUCUUCGGGGAGAGUGGAGCAGAGGAUGAGGAUGAGGAUGAGGUAGGAUGUUGA